CUGCCAGUACAUAACACCAACACGCACUGUCUGCAGACAGCGGCAGGCAAUCAGUUUUGUUUCAAUUUACUACCGACCACUACUUUCACAUCUUGGAGCACCUAGCGAUCAUUUUUUCAGUCUGGUUUGUUCUUCAAGCAUGGCAGAUUACUUGAUCAGUGGUGGCACAGGCUAUGUUCCUGAGGAUGGACUCUCUGCUCAGCAGCUCUUCUCUAUCGGAGAUGGCCUCACUUACAACAGAUCUGACCCACAGUGUGUUGUCUCCGAUGGUCAAACGGCUGAAGAGCUAUGCUCUAAAGGAGAUGGGUUGACUUACAAUGACUUCCUGAUUCUGCCUGGCUUCAUCGACUUUACCUCAGAUGAAGUGGAUCUGACAUCUGCGCUGACCAGGAAGAUCACCCUGAAGACCCCUCUCAUCUCGUCGCCCAUGGACACUGUCACAGAGUCAGCUAUGGCCAUCGCUAUGGCGCUGAUGGGAGGCAUCGGUAUCAUUCACCACAACUGCACACCAGAAUUCCAAGCCAACGAGGUUCGCAAGGUCAAGAGGUUUGAGCAAGGCUUUAUCACAGACCCACUUGUGAUGAGCCCACGCCACACAGUCGGUGAUGUUAUCGAGGCCAAAGUUCGACAUGGUUUCUCUGGCAUUCCUGUCACCGAGACGGGCAAGAUGGGCAGCAAGUUGGUGGGCAUUGUUACCUCAAGAGAUAUCGACUUCCUCUCUGAGAAAGACCAUGAUAGACCGCUGGAGGAGGCUAUGACAAAAAGGGAGGAGUUAGUAGUGGCUCCGGCUGGUGUUACACUGAAAGAAGCCAAUGAUAUUCUGCAGCGCAGCAAGAAAGGCAAGCUUCCCAUUGUAAAUGACAGCGAUGAGCUGGUGGCCAUUAUUGCAAGGACAGAUCUGAAGAAGAACAGGGACUACCCCCUGGCCUCCAAAGACUCCCGCAAACAGCUGUUGUGUGGUGCUGCCAUUGGCACCAGAGAGGAUGACAAAUAUAGGCUGGACCUGCUGGUGCAGGCUGGAGUGGAUGUCGUCGUUCUGGACUCGUCGCAAGGCAACUCAGUGUAUCAGAUCAACAUGAUCCAUUACAUUAAACAGAAGUAUCCAGAGCUACAAGUUGUGGGAGGAAAUGUGGUUACAGCCGCCCAGGCCAAGAACCUGAUAGAUGCUGGGGUGGAUGCUCUGAGAGUGGGCAUGGGUUGUGGCUCCAUCUGCAUCACGCAGGAAGUGAUGGCAUGUGGGCGGCCCCAGGGGACGUCGGUGUACAAGGUGGCAGAGUAUGCAAGGCGCUUCGGUGUGCCAGUUAUUGCCGAUGGCGGCAUUCAGACUGUCGGCCACGUGGUGAAGGCACUUUCACUUGGAGCAUCAACAGUUAUGAUGGGUUCGUUGCUAGCAGCAACCACUGAGGCUCCAGGAGAGUACUUCUUCUCUGAUGGUGUGCGGCUGAAAAAGUACCGCGGUAUGGGCUCCCUGGAUGCCAUGGAGAAGAGCACCAGCAGCCAGAAGCGCUAUUUCAGUGAGGGUGAUAAGGUGAAAGUAGCACAGGGUGUGUCGGGUUCGGUCCAGGACAAGGGCUCCAUCCACAAGUUUGUCCCCUACCUGAUUGCUGGAAUCCAACAUGGCUGCCAGGACAUUGGCGCCAAGAGCCUUUCAGUCCUCCGUUCCAUGAUGUACUCUGGAGAGCUGAAAUUUGAGAAACGGACCAUGUCUGCACAGGUGGAGGGAGGAGUUCACGGCCUCCACUCUUACGAGAAGCGGUUAUACUGAGCGAGGAGGUUGAGUGCGGCUCAAGGAUGCACCAGAUGUAUCCACUCCCACAGUGACCAAAUGUAACCGCCACUUCUGACAGAACACCCCCACCCACGACACCCUCUUUGCUCUCCCCACUUCGUAUCCACUGUUGCUCUCUGAUCCGUGCAGCUGUGCAGCUGUUCAGCUGUGCAGGGGAGGAAAAAGGCAUGGUAGGGAAGUGAGAAUCUGCAAAAUGACACCCAUCUCCUUGGAACACCUGGGAUUUUGCACUCAAGAAGCGGAGCAUCAGGGUUUUUUGUAAUGACCCCACCCCACCUCACCCCCCUCCCCGUAUCUACAGUAUACAGCCUGUCCCAGUUGUGUGUGUCUCUCUGUGUGUGUGUGUGUGUGUGUGUGUGAGUGUGUCUUAAUACUAAUGAGUGAAUUGUGUGCUUGUUUGGUGAAAUAAAGCUGUGUGUGUGUGUGUGUGUGUGUGUGUGUGUGUGUGUGUGUGUGUAAAUGUGUGUGUGUGUAAAUGUGUGUGUGUGUAAAUGUGUGGUACAGAGUAAAAGUGUGUAUGGGGACAAACCAAGUGAAGGUGCACUGUGUAUUUUUUCCCUCUUGUUAGUGAAUCUGAAAUAGCCAUUGCGCAAAUCCCCUCAGCAUUUUUUUUUCUUGGCUUUUUUGGGAUCCACGCUUACCAGCAAGCUUCCUGUUGGAGGCCUCAAACAUCCCACUUCUCAAACACACUUGUACAUGCAGCAAACACACACUUGUCUUGCUAUGUUUAGUGUGCAAGUGUAUUGUGGCGAUCUUUUUUUUUUUCCAUUGUCAUUAGCUACAUUUUAAAAUUACUGUAGACGUUAGCUACUUGAAGAAGAGUAGCCUAUUAUGUUCUGACGCAAAUUACUUCUGUGAGCGGAGCUCAAAGACUCAGAGCCUGAGGUACGAAAUUUCGAUCAUUAUGAUUGCUCUGGCAAUAGACCUUGAGUUGACUGUGGCCUGCAGCCAGUGGACAAGACUCAAACCUUAGUCUCUCCUCCUGUGACCGUUCAUUUACCCCCCAGAUGUAUUGAGCCAAAUAACCAGUGUCCCAUCUCAAAUCAUAGUAUUUAUGUCGAGCACAGAAGGGACCAGAAACUAUAAAUCAGGGAUGUUUAUUAAAAGAAAAAGACUAAAUUGUGUCAAUCAGUGAUAUUUACUGAUAAUGAGACUUCCCUGCCCAAAUGAGUUUAUAAUAAAGCUGUAUAGCCUUGGGGGUUAUGAAUUGAGCAUGAAGGGUUUUUGAUAUGCAUGUUUUCUUUAUUUUUUUCCCUAAUAAGCCACAACAUGGCUGUAUUUAUAUUCUGCUUUUUUCUAAUAACAUACUGCCAAGUGUAUUUACAGUUUGACACUCUUCUUUUAUAACUCUGAAACCAAAAUUAGCUCAACAAGUUGCUUGUUGCCUAUCAUAGUCACUUGUUUAGUCCUUCUUUCUGAUCGUGGCACAGGUUGUUUGAUUGUCACAGAUUUUAGUUGUUCCUUUUUGUUUUGUUUUUUUUAAAACCAGUGAUAUGCCUUGAAACGGGGAUGGAUAAAGGCUGCACACAGCGGAAAGUCUUAACACCCUGGAAAUGCAUUGAAAUGUAUGGCGCUAUACACCCUCUCGCCCCCUUUUCUUACUUUGAAACACUAUAGCUGUAUCUGUUAUCAUUCUGCUUA